GCCAGGCAGAGAGCGAGGGAGCCAGCAGCAAGCCGAGCGAGGAAGGGAGAGCGCAAGCCCGAGCGCAAAGGCACACACACUCGCACUCGCGCACGCAGACCCGCACGGGGACAGCGUGGAAGGCACUGGGCUCCGCGGACGAGAUGCGGCUGCUGGCGAGAUGUGUGCUGGUCGUGCUCGUCUCUGCACUGCUGAUGUGCUCGGGGCUGGCGUGCGGACCAGGCAGGGGAUUUGGGAAGAGGCGACACCCCAAAAAGCUGACCCCUUUAGCCUACAAGCAGUUUAUCCCCAACGUGGCCGAGAAGACCCUAGGGGCCAGUGGAAGAUACGAAGGGAAGAUCUCAAGAAACUCCGAGCGAUUUAAGGAACUCACCCCCAAUUACAACCCCGACAUCAUAUUUAAGGAUGAAGAAAACACGGGAGCAGACCGGCUGAUGACUCAGAGGUGUAAGGACAAGCUGAACGCCUUGGCCAUCUCGGUGAUGAACCAGUGGCCCGGUGUGAAGCUGCGGGUGACCGAGGGCUGGGACGAAGAUGGCCACCACUCAGAGGAGUCGCUGCACUACGAGGGCCGUGCGGUGGACAUCACCACGUCCGACCGCGACCGGGGCAAGUACGGCAUGUUGGCGCGCCUGGCCGUGGAGGCUGGCUUCGACUGGGUGUACUACGAGUCCAAAGCGCACAUCCACUGCUCCGUGAAAGCAGAGAACUCGGUGGCGGCCAAGUCCGGCGGCUGCUUCCCGGGCUCGGCCACGGUGCACCUGGAGCAGGGCGGCACCAAGCUGGUGAAAGACCUGCGUCCCGGGGACCGCGUGCUGGCGGCCGACGACCAGGGCCGGCUGCUCUACAGCGACUUCCUCACCUUCCUGGACCGCGACGAUGGUGCCAAGAAGGUCUUCUACGUGAUCGAGACGCGGGAGCCGCGCGAGCGCUUGCUGCUCACCGCCGCGCACCUGCUGUUCGUCGCGCCGCACAACGAGUCGGCGGCCGCGGAGCCGGGGGCGCCGUCGGGCGCGGGGCCGCCGCCGGGGGGCGCGCCGGGGCGCCGGGCGCUCUUCGCCAGCCGCGUGCGCCCGGGCCAGCGCGUGUACGUGGUGGCCGAGCGCGGCGGGGAUCGCCGGCUCCUGCCGGCCGCCGUGCACAGCGUGACGCUGCGGGAGGAGGCCUCGGGCGCGUACGCGCCGCUCACGGCGCAGGGCACCAUCCUCAUCAACCGGGUGCUGGCGUCGUGCUACGCGGUCAUCGAGGAGCACGGCUGGGCGCACCGGGCCUUCGCGCCCUUCCGCCUGGCGCACGCGCUCCUGGCCCUGCUGGCGCCCGCGCGCACGGACCGCGGCGGGGACGGCGACGGCGGGGACGGCGACGGCGGGGACGGCGACGGCGGGGGCGGCCGCCUGCCCCCGCCCGCGCCAGGGGCGCCUGAGGCGCCAGGGGCGGCCGACGCGCCGGGGGCCGUGGGCGUCCACUGGUACUCGCAGCUGCUCUACCAAAUAGGCACCUGGCUGUUGGACGGCGAGGCCCUGCACCCGCUGGGCAUGGCGGUCACGUCUAGCUGA